UGAAGUUUGUACGUAAUCAAUGAGUCAAUCGGUAGGUGGAAUGUGGGGUUUAAUUUGGAGAAUUUAAACUGAGACAGGACAAAAUCCCAAAAGAGUGUGCUUAUAAAAGUCCUCAACUACUAACACAAUUGGCCCCAAAAAAACCACCAUGGCAGAUGAGUUGAAGGUUUUCAGGACAUGGUCAAGUCCAUUUGGGUUAAGAAUCAUCUGGGCAUUGCAACUUAAAGGCCUGGAGUACGAAACCAUAUUUGAGGAUCUUUCUCAAAAAAGCCCUCUACUCCUCCAGUAUAAUCCUAUCUACAAAAAGGUCCCAGUUCUUGUGCACAAUGGAAAACCAAUCUCAGAAUCGCUUGUAAUCCUUGAAUACAUUGAGGAUACAUGGAAGCAGAAUCCUUUAUUACCUGAAGAUCCUUAUGAGAGAGCCAUGGCUCGUUUCUGGGCGAAAUUCGUCGAUGAUAAGCUUUUGAAAUCAGUAAUCGAUGUGCUUGUCACGAAAGGGAAAGAACAAGAGGAGGGUAUUCCUAAAGUCAUGGAGAACCUGAAAUACAUAGAAGAAGAACUAGAAGGAAAGAAGUUCUUCGGAGGGGCAACAAUCGGCUUCACAGACAUUGCACUUGGUUGGACAGCGAAUUUGCUCGGUGUAUUCGAGGAGGUUACCGGGAUAAAGUUCAUAGACGCACAGAAAUUUCCACAGAUAUCAGAGUGGAUGCACAACUUUUGCGAUGUUCCAGUGAUCAAAGCAAACUGGCCGCCUCGUGACAAGCUGGUCACCAAGUUUCAAGCAUACGUUGCACCUAAAUGAACCACCUAAAGUUCAUUAACUCAAGAAUGUAAGCUUAAACAACAACCUUCGCGUCUUAAAGCGGUGUUUGUAUUUUGGUGUAUUUUAGUCCAAUAAUGGAGCUCGACAUACUACAGAGGGCUCGGUCCUGUGUUUCUCAGUGACCAAAACUUUGCAUAACUAAAUAAUCUGUGAGGGAACGAGAGUGAGGGAAUGACAAAUCCCAAUUUAUCUGCAUGUGUAUCUUAGGCUCUUAGGUACUGUGGUUUGGCGAUUAAGGUUUCUACAACAGAGUGAUCCCCUAACGGAAAAGCUAUGAAUCCAUUGCAAAAUUUCUUACUCAUUUAAGAGAUGGUUUCUCUGAA